AUGGACUACUCGUACCUGAACCAGGCGGCAGCGGCGGCCGCCGCGGGCUUCGACGCCGCGGCGGCGGCCGUGGACGUGCCCGGCGGCGUGGGCGUGGGGCUGGCCUGCGGCUACGGGGGCGGCGUCGGCGUGGGCGGCGAGCUGUCGGUGGGCGGCCCGUGCGCGCAGCCUUACCGCUACCGCGCCUACAACCCGCAGCCCGUGGUCGGCGUGCCGCACCACCACGCGCCGCCCUGCGUCAUGGGCGGCGCCGGGCCCGGGGCCCAGCGGCCGCAGCCGCCGCCCGCCGUCUUCCCCGCCAUGAACCUCCAGGGUAAGCCCCGCAAUCCUAUUACCUCGUAA